AUGAUCACCUCUACUGGAAAGAGGUCCGCAAGGGAUCAGGUAGUUUGGACCCCCCCUCCGACCGAUUAUUCUAAGCUUAAUUUUGAUGGGUCAAAGUUGGCCAGUGGGCAGGCCGCGUUUGGGUUUGUUAUUCGUGAUUCUGAAGGGUUAAUCCAAUUAUGUGGUGCUGGGUCUUUGGAUGUUGAUGCAUCUAUUUUAGAGGCAGAGGCUAUGGGUCUCCGGGAAGGUAUUAGAGGGGCUAGAUCUCUCGGAAUUACUAAGAUAAUGGUGGAAGGGGAUAAUUUGGCUGUCGUUAAUGCUAUCAAGCAGGUUUGGAAGAUCCCUUGGACAAUUCAUUCAAUUAUAGUUGAUACAGCAAAAGAUUUGGCCCAAUUUGAAGAUUUUCAAGUGAGUCACGUUUUUAGAGAAGCUAAUGCGGCAGCUGACUGGAUGGCUCAUCGUGGUCAUUCGACGGUUUCAACUACUUACUGGUUUGAUGUUUCUGUUUUAUCUUUCUCUAUAAUCAUCCGCAAGGAUGCUUUAGGGUGGCCCAAAUCGUGGGAUCCUCCCUAG